AUGGCCACCCCAAGACUGCUGAGGCCGGCUUCCCGCCUGGUAUCAUCACGGCUCUGCUCCGCCCCACUCCGCUUAGCUUUCAGACCUGCAGUAUGCGCUCCUUCAGCUCUCCAGCGGCGGGCAUAUGCGACGCCAAGCGGGACGAAAGAAAUGACUGUCAGAGAUGCCCUCAACGACGCUUUGGCGGAAGAGUUCCAGGCGAACGAGAAGGUGUUCAUUUUGGGAGAGGAGGUCGCACAAUAUAACGGAGCAUACAAAGUAACAAAAGGCCUACUAGACCGAUUUGGCCCGAAGCGAGUCAUCGACACCCCCAUCACAGAAGCCGGAUUUUGCGGUUUAGCGGUUGGAGCUGCUUUAGCUGGUUUACAGCCGGUGUGCGAAUUUAUGACCUUCAACUUUGCCAUGCAAGCAAUCGACCAAAUCGUUAACUCUGCGGCCAAAACACACUAUAUGUCGGGCGGUAUCCAACCAUGUAACAUAACCUUCCGAGGCCCCAACGGAUUCGCUGCUGGUGUUGCUGCUCAACAUUCCCAGGACUACUCCGCAUGGUAUGGAUCUGUUCCAGGUCUGAAAGUGGUCGCUCCGUGGAGCGCAGAGGAUGCGAAGGGCCUUCUUAAGGCUGCAAUCCGCGAUCCUAACCCAGUUGUUUUUCUCGAAAAUGAACUCAUGUACGGCCAAUCUUUCCCAAUGAGCGAAGCCGCGCAAAGAGACGACUUCGUCCUACCCCUUGGCAAAGCCAAAAUUGAACGCAUCGGCAGGGACGUAACCAUUGUCUCUCUUUCCCGCUGUGUCGGCCAAGCCAUUGCUGCCGCUGAAGAGAUGAAGCAGAAAUAUGGCGUCGAGGCGGAGGUGAUCAACCUGCGCUCCGUCAAGCCACUAGACGUGGAGGCCAUUAUCAAGUCUGUCAAGAAGACCGGCCAUCUAAUGGCCAUUGAGUCAGGCUUCCCAAUGUUCGGUGUCGGUUCUGAAAUUCUUGCUCUGUCAAUGGAGUACGCUUUCGAUUACCUCAAGGCCCCUGCUGUCCGUGUUACCGGUGCCGAAGUCCCAACCCCUUACGCUGUCAAGUUGGAGGAGAUGAGUUUCCCACAGAAUGAUACGAUCAUCUCACACGCUGCUAAGUUGCUCCGGGUGUAA